AUGGAGAAGAGUAGCUUUAUGGAUGGUGUUUUGGGUGAAAACACAACAAAGAAAAGGAAAGGGGAGCCAAAAGGUGGUUUAGUGGGUGACGAAGGCAGCAAUGGAGAAGGUAACAACACCAAGGGAGUAGGAGACAUUGUCGUGGAAGGAGACGACAUUGGGAGAGGGCACACCAGACGGCUAGGCAGCACCAGGCAACAGGCACUAAGGGACGCCAACAGAGGAGAGGAGUGCGACGUUGCGACAAAUGCCUCCCAUUGUGUGCAGGCAAGCGACACCCAUGGCGCUAGGUGUAGGGGCCUUGGUUUGGGCGGUGCUUUUCGUGCUAGUCUAGGUGGUGCCCUUUGCGCUAGUCUGGGCAACAUCGAUGGAAGCCGGGGCAAUGCCCUUCACGCUGGAGAUGGAGGCCCAGAUAGUGAGAUUAGGCAUGGGAGUGUAAUAGUGGUCACUAGGCAUACAGGCGACGCCGAGCAUGACGGAAGUGAAAGCAGUGCCUUCGGCACAGAUCAGACUGGUGUGGGCAAGGGCUUUGGCUCUGGCAAAGUGUUGGGCUGUAAUUCUAGGAUACUGGGCCCUGGCGAGCAGUUGUCCAGCUGCGAGGAAUAA